GACGCAUCUUCAGUCCCCAAGCAGAGACGGCACCACAUCUGGUCUUUGAUAUCUCACGGAGGAUGGUCAUCGCCUGAAUGCAAGAAUGUUGCGUUUGGAAGCACUGGCGUUGGUGUUGUUGGUGGUUUCUGCUUCUUACCAACAAAAUUAUCUCCCAAUUGAUAAAUACAGUUGUACUGACAUCACAUCAGUUCUAUAUAGCACCCAGGUGGUAACAACUUAUACUAAUCCCAACACGGUCCCAAUAUAUAACUUCCACUACAAUUGUAACAAAAACUAUUCCUGUUACACUCUUGAAGACUAGUUUUGUAACUCUGACAAGUACACUAACAAGUACUGCAAGAGUAUCCAGUAUUCAUUACAUUAACAAAUAUGUCACAACAACAGUAACCAGUCCUCCAGUUAUCAAAACUAAGUUUAUAACACUUACCCAAACAACAUCACAAUUCAGCCUUGUUACAGGUACACAGACCCUAACAAGUAUUACACCUUUCUUGGUGACUGAUACUCAUCUGCAGACUGUUUACCAAACUGUUGUCCAGACUACAACAUCAUAUGACAAAAAAGUGCAGGUAAACACCAUUUUAGUGGACACCACUCUAACUCAUACUGAUCUUGAAACCUCAGUUUUGACGGCUAGAUUACCAGAUAGCGUCAGUUAUACUACAAUAACAACCAUCCAGCGUAUUGUGCGAACACAAACGCAAAUUGUAUCUGGGACCGAAACCAGUGUAGUUCGUCAAACGCAAGUCAUUCCCUACACCUCUGUGAAUACUUGGAAAGAAAACAUAUAUGUUACGAAAGAAAUAGUUGUGACAACAACAAGUGUUCUUACAAACACCCUGAUUCAAACUCAGACUGUUGACAAAGAGAUAUUACAGACUGAAGUUGUCUAUGAUACUAUAUCUGCAACGGUCCUUAAGACAAAAGUACAACCUUUAACUGCAGAACACACUUCAGUGCGAACACAUCAUAAAGUAGCUGUACCAGUGGUUCAAACAAAAGAAAUAAUUCAUCAUCCCUGGGUUUAUGAUUCUGGUAAUGAUGCAUCUGGGCAUGGAGAAGUUACCGAAAUUCUGAGAAAACAACAGGUCACUUACCAGACUACUUGGGGGCCACAGCAAGUUAUUGCUACAAUAACUGUUCAGAAACCUUGUAUAGAUUUACCGAACUCUGACAACUAUAUCAAUAGUAUACCAAGCUUCAACAGACACAUCACUACAGUACCCAUCUUUAACGGCUAUAGUAAUACAAUACCAAGCAUCAGUCUAUAUAUCAAUACAGUACCCCUGUGAAAGGCGUCAACAGAUGAAGUUCCUUAUUUUCUGAAUGGAUGUGCUCACUGAAGCUGCUGCUGUUGGUUGGCUCUGCAUAUGCCAUCUAUCUGGAACCACCUCCUCAACAGUUUGACUCCACUCUGAACGAGGGUAGCUAUUUAGGACCUUACCCACAAUACCAGCCACCUCUUGAAAUACCUUGUCAACCAUCAGUGGUCUACCAUACAAAAAUACAUUAUUUGACGCAAAUUUUACCUCUUCCAAAUAAUGGCCAAACUAAUACUUACACAGAAACAGCUACAAAUACUGUUUUUUUCACUGUGUAUUCUGAAAUAGUGAGUACAACAUUAUAUUCAGAGCCUUACUAUAUAACAUCAACUCUUAGCUUUACUAAAGAAAUUACUCAAGUUAAAGUUAUUGAAUUGCCUUCUCAGACCCAAUAUCUAACACAUACCUCACAAGUUGUUACUACUCAAGUAAAGUAUUCUACUUAUUGGGAGACAAGUGUGAAAAUAGUUGAAUCCACAUCAGUAAUCCCAGUGUUCAGCACUCUAACAGUCCCCAAACUUAUCAUCAGAACUAUCAGUAAGGACAUUAUUCAACCCACAACAAUUGUUCAUACUCGCACUGUAUGGGAUACGGCUCGUAAAAUUGACUUCUCAACUGUGAUAGUGCCUGGAAAGACUAGUGUACGCUCUGUUACUUCCACCAGACCCCACUUCACCACAAAGUUUAUUACCAAAGCCGAAAGUGUGAUUACAUCUACGCAAGUGAUAUCUGUUACUUCAACUUCUCUUUCAGAAAUUCCAGUUAUUAAUACCAAGAUCUUGCAUUCAGUUCGUACAACAGUUCAACAUACAAUGUCAACAACAGUACAUACAAAGGAAGUGUAUGAGUACAGUACAAAAACAAUAACGCUUCCACAUAAAACGACUACAACUGUUACGUCUACUACAGUAAUACCUACUACUCGCUAUAAUAAGAAGAUCAUCUAUACUACUGUUAGUAUUCCAGCGCAGACGGAAGUCAGGGUUGUGUAUCGUGCUGUACCCAAAACGAAAAGUGUGCCAGGACUGACAUACUAUACUAACUUUAGGACGAGAACCAUCUAUACAACAGAUUACGUCACCUCUGUCGUGUACGCCGGACCAAUCAGUACAGUGUACAUGACUGAAACGGUACAAAAUUGCAUUUCGAAACCAUCACUUACAUUUUACUCGGCAUGGUAGAAUAAUCGGAGUUAUAAAUGGAACUCACAGGUACUUCGAAUUAUUUGAAUUCAUUUGGUCUUUAUUUCUUUUUUAUUUUGUAUAAACAGGAAGAACAUUUUGGUUAUAUGUAUCUAGUAUUUGCAUUCUAAAUAAGAUGAUCACAUUAGUCAACGUUUUUUAUGAUGUGUGAAUGAAAAAAAAUGAUCUUUUCUUCAUUUGUAGUGAUCUCAGAAACCCGAUUUCCAAAUGUGAGUGAUAUCAGGCCAAUAGCUUUAUGUCAAUUUUUUUUUGUUCUAAUCAUUUACUACUUUAGAUUCUCUGUAGUUUUAUUAAGGAAAAACACACCUACCUGUUUGUAACACAUUAUUCCACAGUAAAGCUGCAACAUUGUAAUGUAAAUUUUUAGAAUUGAAACUUAAAACAAUAAAUGUACAAAAAUACAGGUAUUAAAAGCCCACAA